AUGAAUAAGAUGUUUGAUCUGCAGGAGCUCAAACGUCGACAACGUGAGGCGGUGCUUGCUGGUCGACCCGUUCAUAGUGUAAUCGAAGAAGUCGAACUGCUUAUGUUUCAGUCGAGCUCAAGGCUUUCCUGCGUUCGUGAAUUACCGGAUUUAGAAGCACUGGAAAAGUACCGUAUACUAAAUGAAAACGUCAACAAAGCAGCACCAGGCAAAAUUGAGACGUUAGCAUUUAUUGAGGGCACUCAAAGAAGUAUGUUCGUCUUCCACUGUUCUCACUAUCUCUACCUCAUUCAGUACUGCUGUAGAACUCUUGAUGCAAUCUGUGCGUACGUGUUCGGCGUGGCCACGGCUUGUUACGGUGAACUUCAACCAUUUCAGGACACCCUCAUCAAUGAUCAUCUCGGUCACUAUGAGUCACAUUUAAUUCAUAGGCAGUGUGCACGUCGACCAUUUGUAUGCGACGAAAUGUUCGAUGGGAUUGUUAACUUCUUGAAGAGAAAGGAAUAUCCACAUUUUGUUGCUAGCGCGUCUGACGUACCGGCUGCCAUGGAAUCAUUCAGAAGGAAGUGCAAAGUCUUCUUCCUCGGUAAGGAUGGCCAAUUGUUGCACGGUGGAUCGAGUGAAGUCCAUCGUCAUGUGAUACGUAAUGUCGAACUCAAAUCAGUUGUUAGGCGGAUAUCAUUUCUAAGGUGGGAGGAGAACUUGGUUAACUUGGUCGCUGCUUACGAUGUAAUUGAUCGUGACGAGACACAGAUUAAUGGGACCACCAAGCCUGACAUUGACGGGAAGUUAAAGAAUGUCUUCGAAAUGCAUGUGCACUGUGGUCCAGAGAUUCGUUUUGUAAAGUCUGGCCGUGGGUUUUUCGAUGUUUGCACCGUUGAAGUUAAGCUUUGUGUUAUAGUGACUAAUUUUGUUCGCUAA